UCGACAUCAAGCCAGCAGCUGGCUAUCGACACAGCAUGGCGCCCACAGCUCCUCCCGUAAGCUCCCAAUCCUUAUCAUGCGCAUCUGACAGCAGGUUAUCAUGGAUAACGGAACCGGUCUGACAAAGCUUGGAUUUGCUGGUAACGACAGCCCGAGCUUUGUCUUUCCCACAGCAAUCGCAACACGCUCCGGCAGCGGGCCAGCCGGAUCAGGACCUGCAAAGCCCUCGAAGCCCUCAUUUUUGUCUGGCGGUGGUGGGAGUAGUGGAGGCAACUUGGCGCAGAAGCGCGGCACAGAGGAUCUUGACUUUUACAUUGGCGAAGAAGCCAUUGCACAGACAUCAUCCUCGAGCAGUGCCUACGGCAUCAAUUACCCCAUCAAGCAUGGACAAAUUGAGAAUUGGGAUCACAUGGAGCGUUUCUGGCAGGAAAGUAUCUUCAAGUAUCUUCGCGUUGAACCAGAAGACCACCACUUUCUGCUGACGGAGCCACCCCUCAACCCUCCAGAGAACCGUGAAAAUACGGCGGAAAUCAUGUUUGAGUCCUUCAAUUGCCAGGGACUCUAUAUUGCCGUCCAAGCGGUUCUUGCACUGGCUGCCUCUUGGAUCUCGUCCAAAUCGAAGGACAGGUCAUUGACCGGUACUGUCAUUGACUCUGGAGAUGGUGUCACCCAUGUCAUUCCAGUUGCUGAGGGCUAUGUUAUUGGCUCUGCCAUCAAAAAUAUCCCUAUUGCCGGAAGAGACAUUACGCACUUUGUCCAGACCUUGCUGCGUGAUCGCAACGAGCCAGACACAUCCCUCAAAACGGCAGAGAAGAUUAAGGAAAACUACUCCUACGUCUGCCAGGAUAUAGUGCAAGAGUUCAACAAGUACGACCAGGACCCGGAGAAGUUUCGCAAGUAUGUCGUUGACUACCCGAACCGGCCAAGUGUCAAUGUGGAUGUUGGCUACGAGCAGUUCCUUGCGCCUGAAAUCUUCUUCAACCCAGAGCUCGCGUCGAGCGAUUUCUUGACGCCAUUGCCUGAAGUUGUGGACACGGUCAUUCAGCAGUCGCCCAUCGACGUGAGACGUGGACUCUACCGCAAUAUUGUGCUUUCUGGCGGCAGUACCAUGUUUACCAAUUUCGGCCGACGUCUGCAGCGGGACAUUAAGCAAUUGGUGGACGAGCGUAUUCUCAGGUCCGAGACCAAGUCGGGCGCGAAGUCUGGUGGCCUCGACGUGCAGGUCAUCUCACACAAGAAGCAAAAGCACGCCGUGUUUUAUGGAGGUUCGCUGCUGGCGUCGACGGCAGAGUUUCACACAUUCUGCCACACGAAGCAGGCGUAUGAGGAGUAUGGUCCAAGUAUCUGCCGGCGCUACCAAAUCUUUGGCUCUAGUCUAUAGUCUCGUACGGGCCACCUACAUAGCUGAAUGCGCAUGCUCGACGGUAUCUGGCCCUAUUAGAGCAGUACUGUCUGCGACUCUGCGCUGAAUUUGCUGCGAGUGCUCGAGG